UAAACAUCCCCCGCUCGAUCACUUAUCCUAUUCGUAAUUUCCUUUUCUUCUUUCUUCUUUGCCAUUUUUCUUUUAUUUUGUGUAGCGUUCCUUUCCUUGAAAAUAUAAUCUUGCGCGUCCACUUCCGUUCAUUAGAUCUUCAUCUCUGCUCCUCCGCACCUGCACCCGCUGGACUGCUCCGCUCCUGUUUUCAGGAUUCCGAACAUAAGAGGACGACAAUGGUCAAUACUGGAGACAAAAAAGGGAGUGCCAGCUCUAGUACAACUCCCAUGGGGAAUGAAGUUGCCGAAAAUGACUCAGGUGAAAAAGGGACUUCUCUUCCCUUGGCAGAACCCAAUGCGAAUGAUCAGUUUGAAGAUAAUGUAGAAAUACCCUCCCAAGAGGCAGAUGACAAAGGUCCUGAAGAAUUUCUGGACCCAGAAGAAAGUGAAAAAGUGACAGAGGUACGAAAUAAUGAUGAGAACAUAUUAGCGACAGAGAUGAAUAACGAGAAUAAGGCGAAGUCUCAUCAAAAUAUUACUGAACAUGACGAAACUGAUGAUCUAGGGGGCCUAAUGUGGGAUGAUGAAGAGAAAAUGUCUGAGGGAGACAGUGAUGACCAUGUUGGGGACAAGGGUGGAGCUAGUUAUGAAGUUUCAGGGAAUGAAGAAGAUGAUGAGGAUGAAGUUAGUGCAGAUGAGACAUCCGAAGAAGAUUAUAACAAAGAUGAAGUUGGUAGAGACGACACAACGAAAGUUUCCGAAGGCGAAGAAAGGGAAGUGAAAGCCAAAGAAGAUACUAGCAAAGCAAAAGAAAAUGGCAAUAAAAGGAAACCUGUGGCAAAAGAAGAGAAUAGGGAAACUGUAGUGAAAGAAGAUGAAAGUAAACCAAAAGUGAAAGAAGAUGAAAGGGGAACUAAAGCAAAACAAGAUACAAAAGAAGCUAAUGAUAGCAGAAGUGACAAACAGGCAGCAGAUUUGGGGAAUCAUAAGGACUCAAAUGAAAGAAGCAAAAAGAAGAAGGCGCGAGUAGGGAUGUCCAAGAAAAUGGGUCCAAAAGAUAAAUCAGAAUCUUCCCAGAAGAGAAAGGGGAAGAAAAGAGUUGAGAGCAUGGGGAUGAUUUUCAUGUGCAGCUCCAAGACGAAGAAUGACUGCUAUCUGUACAAGGUUCUGGGGCUGCCAGAAAGCAAGAAAGAUAUUGUGGAAAAGAUUUAUACUGGGAUGCGGUUGUUUUUAUAUGAUGUCGAUCUAAAGUUGUUGUAUGGAAUUUAUAAAGCCGCGGGACCUGGAGGCUACAACAUUGAACCCAAAGCCUUCAAAUCACAGUUUCCAGCUCAGGAUACUGACACUGUGGUCUCAAAUGCCUUGUAUCAUGCUAAGGUUCGGUUCACUGUUCUGGACGAUUGCUUGCCGUUGCCCGAGGAAAAGUUUAAGAAAGUUAUCAAGGAGAACUACUUCACGAAGACCAAGUUCGAUUGCCAACUGAAGGCAGACCAGGUAAAGAAACUAUGCAAACUGUUUGUCAAUUCGAGCAAAGGUCCUCUCCCCAAAAAGCCCCCCCGCAGGGCCGAAAAGAAACUUCACCCAUUGCACCAGGAGAGCAAAAAGCGCGUUCGGUUGGUCAAAGACGAGCAAACCCAAGCAAUCCUGUACCGUGACCGCCGUCCCCACAAGCGCCCGAGGAAGGCUGUUGUCAUCAGCAGCCCAUUGGGCCCCCGCCAGCUUCCUCCGCGGGCCCCACUUGCUGCAUAUGCCUCACCACAUCGGACUACUUCCUCAUACAGACGGGACCCAUAUCCUUACAGAGACGAGCAGGAGUACCCAUAUCAAGUAAAUGGGCGCGAUUCCUACUACAGAGACAGGGACAGGCUGUACACAUAUCCGUCUGUGGAGCGUCGGGAUGCUUACAUGGAUGUGGGGCUCCGUGGGCGUGAUCUGUACUUGGAGCGUCGAGAUUUGCCCAGAGAUGCAGUGUAUGGAGAGCUCUCUUAUGGCGGUGGUGGUGCGUACGGGCUGAGGGACCGGGACCGGGUGCUAUCGGAUAGUCACGACGGUUAUGGGGAGGGUCUGUAUUUGGAGCGUGGGGGUGCUCAUAGCUCGUUGAGUUUCGAGAGUAGGUACCGACCGGAUUCCUUUGUUCUGACCAGGCGACUACCGCUGGCUGAUGAUCCUAUUUAUUCGAGAGAGUAUGCGUCCCGAGCAGGUUUGGACCGGGAAUACCGUCUGUAAUUUGUGUUGACAGCCUGAUGAUGAUGGUGAUGGUGAUGAUGAUGUCAUCGUUGUAUUUGAAGGAAUGUGAUAAUACAGGAUUCUUUUAUCUGGUUUUGGGUUUCAUGUAAUUUUUCUGUACUGUGUUAAGGUGUGUGGUUUGUGGAAUUGGAUCUACAUUAUACUAGUUUUUCAUUGUAUGUUGGAUACUUAUAAUGCUGAAUGACAGUUUGGUGUUUCUAAGUGCAGUUUAACGUUGG